UAACGGGAUUGUGUUUUGUGGUUUUAAUUUAUUUCGUGAAUAAAAUAGUAUUUAUUAAUAAAUUAAUGAUUAUUUAGAAGAAUAUUUGUGUUAAUUAUAUUGUGUUCGAUAUGGAGAUUAGUGUUUGUUUUGUCAUGGUUCUCAAUUAGUCGGGAAAAUGAAAAGCAAGAGAAAAUCUUUGCAAUAUCGGUUGGUGAAUCAUAAAGUUGGUUUAUUUUAAUGUUAAAGCUAUUUUUACCCAUAAAAUUAAUUAAAAUUCGAUAUUCUUAUGAUAGUUUUACAGUGUGUGAUAGUUUUUAAAAUGAUUUUACCAACCAAAGAAGUCCAUCAAGAAAAAAAAAACCCGAACGGAGCCCGACGUUGCCCCAGGCAGAAAGAAAAUUGCAUUAUUUGCACUUGUUGAUUCAUAUUAGUACCAUGGUAAAUUACAUGAGCAUUGGGCAAGCAUAUUAUGCUAUUUAGCAUUUAUAACAAACAGCUGGUGGAUCUCUCCAAUUACUGGUUAGUUCAGAGGUAUCUAUAUAAACUAGAACCAGAUUGCACUAAUUACGAACAAAUAUUAGAAGGGCAACAUUUUAAAGUGCAAAAAAAAUAAAAAAAUCGAAUCACACUGCCAAAUCAUUGCUUUGGGAUUGCAUUGCAAGACAAAAAAGUUGGUGGUCCAACACAGUUCCGAAAAACAUGGCUUUGAAUAUGACUGUUCCCCUAUCCGGUAUUGGGGGCAUAUCACAAAUGUCUCCAAUCAGAUUAGACUGCUGGGAUAACAUAAAAAUGAUGUCAUCACCAAUUGGCAGCGAAUCCAGUGGUGUUAGCUCUUUGGAUUCAGAAGAUAUAAAGAUUACACCAACUGCACAAAAACGCCCAGAAGCAGUCAAUCGGGACCUACGAAUUUACUACAAUGGCCGCAAUGUUUUAGAUCUUUACAACAACUUGGAAACAAACUCAACGACCUGGAACUUUCGGUACUCUCACCUGCCUGAAAGAAAUAAUAUAUCUAUGUUUUGGGCCAAUCGAUCUCUUUAUAAUCGACUGGGCCCAAAUGGCCUCACUCCUGUUUACACGAUAAGCAAAUGCGAAUGCUGUGAUUUUCAAUUUACAAGUGAUUGUCCUAAUAGUUAUUUAAGUGAAACUUCUCUAAUUUUGUCUUCAACUACAUCAUCACCAAUGAUAUUUACCACCGCUUCUUCAAAUGGAAUAGAAUGUCGGCCAUUAAAAUCAGCUUUAUCUGUUAUAUCAACAACUAUGCAUGUAUCACCUGGCUUUAAAAAUAAUCAGCAGCAGCAGCAGCAGCAUCUUAGAGAAAAUAAAAAUUUAGCAGUUAGCAAUCAAAAUAAAACUAAAUUAAGUGAUAUGUUUUCCAAAAACACAUUGAUUCACCAAAAUAAUAAUAGUUAUUUCAACAAUAUAAGUAAAUUCAACAAUGUUAUCGGUGGUAACGCUAAAACAACAACAACAACUGACUUAUCACAGUUAGCAUCCAACUUAGUUUCAAUUAAUCUUUCCAAUUCUACCUCUUACACACCUCCAUUGAUAAGCUACAAUAAUAAUGUGGUCCACAACAACGAUUACAAUGAAAUUAUUUCAAAAAACUCGAAAUCUAAUGUACCACCCAACAUUUUUAACAAUAAUUCACUAAGUUUAUCGAGCUCGAACAUUCCUGCAAGUGCAAAUACUAGUUUCCAUGAAAGCAAUGGUUUUCCAAAUAAUGUUCUUCCUCCUAAUCAUGCAGUUCAUGCAAUCAACUCUGCCGGUAAUAAAUAUCAAUCACCUUCAUCAAAUAAUUUGUUUUCAUUAUUCAAUACGAACAACACAAGUAAUCCAGUCAAUCAUGCAUUUAGUGCCAAUGUCGAAAGCAACAUAAAUUCUUUUAACCCAAUUAAUAAUAAUAGGAAUAAUAAUUUUGGCAAUAACCCUCUAACAAUUAAUUCUCAAAACUACGGAAGAAUGUACAAAUAUUUUUAAGACCAAACCGUUGCGUAAUGAACGCAUUGUCCAUAAACUGAUAUUACAGAAUUAAUUAUAAAAAUGUUUUAUAAGAAUUUAAAUACUAAAAUACUGAUAUCACAUUCGUGUCCUAAGUUUUUUUUUAUUUUUAAGACAAACAAUGUGUAUGUAAGCAAACACUCUGUGUUUAAUCAAAAAUUUGAGAUAUACAAAUACUAAGAAGUUUCGUUUCGUAGACAAAACAUACGAAGAAAUUCAAUAACUUCCUUUUAAUUUUAAAGUUUUUAAUAUAUUGAUGCUUUUUGCCAUUAAUUAAGUACAUAAGUAGUGCAUAUAAUUAAAAUAUAAGGCUUUUUGCGAUGUGUUAUGUUUAUUCAAUGUGAUAGUUUUUUUCCAAUACCAAAUGUAAAAUGUAUGAUUUUGAAGACUUAUUAAUUAAAAAAAAUCACAAACUAUGUUAUAUUUUAAUAAUAAAAAAAAACUCAUUUUCCGGUUACCGUCCUUAAAAUGUAUAGCUAUGUACUUAGUUAUUAUAACUACGGCCCACCAUGUGAUUAAUAUUGUUUUGAAAUCUAAAAAAAAAAAAAAAUAAUUAAAAUCUCGUUUUGCAAUUAUGUAUUUUUAUUUACUUAUGCGCGAUUAAUAUAAAUGAUGAUGCAUAAUUGGUUUUCACUAUUACUUAUUAUUUAUUUACAUAUAUAAUCUUAAGAAAAACUUUUGUAGUAAAUAUAGAUUGUUAUAUGGCGCAAAGUGGCAUUAGAAAUUAAAAAAAAAAAAACACGAACGCAAAACGAUGAAAAUAUACUUAACAGCUCUAUUGUCAAUAUUUCAUAGAUUCAUCUAGAUAUACACAUGGAUUCCACAACGGUUUCCAAACAAA